UUCUGGUAGGAACUUUGGAUGAUACAUUGCGUCUUUGGAACUACUCCACUGGUAAAUUCUUGAAAACAUACAGUGGGCAUGUAAACUCUAAGUACUGCAUAUCUUCAACGUUUUCCAUCACGAAUGGGAAGUAUGUUGUUAGCGGUUCCGAGGAUAAUUGUGUGUAUAUUUGGGAGCUUCAGUCAAGAAAAAUUGUUCAAAAGCUUGAAGGUCACUGUGAUGCUGUUAUAUCAGUUGCAUGCCACCCAGAUCAAAACAUGAUUGCUUCUGGUUCACUUGGAAAGGAUAAGACAGUAAAGAUCUGGACUCAGGAGGAUUAGUUUGUUUCCAUACAUAACAAAGUUUUGUAGGCCAAAACAACGCUCUUUUUUGGAAGAGGAGUUUGAGGAUGAGUUUCCAUAUGAGAUAUGAUUGCAUUUUCCCAAACAGCGCACAGACCUGCGAUUUGACUAAAUUUCCUUGGCCAAAUAAUUAUAGGAGUAUGUUUAGACUUGGGUAUAUAUCAUGUAAGUGAUAUCCGUUGUUUAUUCUCACUUUGUAGUGUGGUAUUGGCCAACUUUUACCCCCUUGGGUAAAUCUUUACCUGAACUUGUAUCUGACCGUAUUAAAAACUCUUUCUUUUCACUUCACGGCUCCGCAAGUAACCAUUUUUCCCAUGGUUCUAUCUCGAGUAAAAAUGAUGUUCGGAGUAUGAUGCAUAUUGUCUUUACAUU